AAAAAAGCAUACAAAAGUUUAAAUAGGCCGGCGGCCUAAGCCGAAACAUCGAAACAGAAAUGGACAAGUCUGACGAAAAAGAGAGGCUAAUUGGGGAAAUCGAAGAAGAAAAAGAAGAAACGGCGCCAAUCUCAGAUGUCUCUGCUCCGAAUCCCAAUCUUAAUCCGAGUCCCAAAUCGGUGAGGACGAAGGUUCCGGAGGUUGAGAUCCAUCUUUACCGGACGGGCAAAGGUCCGAUCGAUGUGUUCAAGUCGAGUCUUGGUGGCUGGGACCAGGAUCAGUUGGAGGUCCGCACCAUCCUCGACAAAUAUGGCUUCAAAUCGCUCUUCGCUUUCAGCACCCAAACCGGCCGUGGUGUUCCGAUUCGCUUCCAUCCUAGGAACGGAAGGUCUAUGCUCCCUUACAGAGAUGGAUCUGUAAUUUACGUUGAUGGCGAGCCCAAGGAUUCGCUAAUGAAGCCAGUGACCAAGAUCUUGCUUGGGGUAGCACUUAUAACCCUUUUGAUAACAUUCGUGUUAAAGGAAACUCCACAAUGGAUGAAGAAGUUCAACGUUGUUGGUGGAAAUUUCCCGCCAUGGAUUCUUGCUUGUGUGGUUAUAGUUUUCACACGUAUGAGGAAGAGAACCAAGGACUUGCUAACCAAGCAUGGGUGGUGAACAUAUGCCAUUCUGAUUUCUAGAUGGAAUGAUAUAGUUUCUUCUACUGCUUACGUUGUCAAACUCAUUUAUUGUUUGUUCACUGUAGAGUUGGUAAAAAAAGUCGUGGUUAACUUGAAUAAUGAUAUGUGCACCAAAACUAUGCACCAAAUUUGUGGUGUAAAUUUUAGUGCACGCAUCAUUACUCUUUUUUCUAGUAAUACCAUUCUCUGUCUCAUUUUAUGUCUUGAUUGCGUACAAUUGUAACUUUACUUCUAUAAAUAUGCAAAAAGCUGAAGCAAUACUCAUAAUUUUGAUUCA